GGGCAAGCUUAAGAAGGAGAGAAAGAGGGAAGGGGGUGGAUGGAUGGAGCUAUAUGUGCUGGUGAUAUUCCCUUCUCCUGGAUGCUGCCUUUCCUUUUCAUGACUUUGUCCCUGCUUUCCACCGUGUCUGUAGGAGCAGACACCGGUACUCAGCGCAGCACUCAGCCACAGAGCCGGGGAUGAAUCAGCUCCAACAAAGAGCCUUUGAGAUGGCAGCGUGUGCCUGGAGGGAGGAACGCAUCAGGCUUUCCCAGGCAAGCGGCAGCCUGCAGUGUGCUCCUGCUUGAAAGCCAGCCCUCCUCGUCGUGGUGUGUGUGAGAGCGGUUUAUGGCCGUGAGUGUGUGUCUGAAUGUGAGUAUAUGAGUGUACAAUAGUGUGUAUGUGCACACUCCUGCUUCCAACCCCUCUUGGAGGAGAGCUCUCCUCUUCACUAGACAGAAAGGGAGAUUUUGAGGCUGGCGAGCAGCUGUCCUUGUAGACCUAAAAAUGUUUCGCAAGAAAAAAAAGAAGAGGCCUGAGAUAUCAGCGCCAAAGAACUUUGAGCACCGCGUCCACACCUCAUUCGAUGCCAAAAGAGGCUGCUUUGUCGGCCUGCCGACCCAAUGGCAAAGCCUGAUAGAAAACCUCCGCAGACCCAAACCCAUGGUGGACCCCUCCAGGAUCACAGAAGUAGAGCUGAGACCAAAAAAGACCAUAGUACGUGGGAGCAUGAUUGGUCACGGAGACUACAUCGCAGCCAUGAUCAAUGACAUGAGCCGUCUCUCUGUGACCAGCUCCAACUCUCUGAGGAAGAGUAGCCCAUCGGCCAGGAAGAGAGCUCAGUCUCUGGGAAGGCUUGGAGAGGUGAAUGAGGGAGACGUCUAUCAGUAUGAGGGUCUGACGCAAGACGACGAUGAAGACGAUGACGAUGGAGAUCAGGACCAUUGGAGGGAAAAAGCCAGGAAUAUCCACAGUGAGACAAACACCCCUUACUUGGGCAUGAAGAAGAGCAUCACUCUGCAGCCAAAUGGAAUUUUGCCAAAGGCCACAUCCACCUAUGAAGUUGGAGUAAGCUCUAGGGAAGGACCUUCUUUGCAGUCUCAGAGCAUCCCACCACCAAGUCAAGGGGGUUUUAUGAGUGGGGAGGUAGGGAGUCCUCAGGAAAGAGUGCUUUGGAAAAGAGAUUUCCAGCUGCCCAGGGGACUACCACCAAAUCAGAGACCUGUAGCUUGUUUCUACACCCCUGUGAUGAGUGUGCAGCAGGCGUAUGGAGAUCAAGGAGCGGUCACUGCAGAACUACGCCCCAACCUACCAAUGUACAUGCAUCCACAAAACAGCCCAGGCAGGCCUUUCUCCUCCUAUGACCUAAAAGCGGAGUCAACUGUGAGGUACCACUCUGGUUUUUUGCCCACUGGCACUAGCAGUCCUCUGGUUGGAGGAAUCAGGCCUCAGCGGACGGUGCGUUCUUCAGCCAGCUACACUCUAGGUCUUUCUCCUAACAUGGGUCUGAGGCCUAGUGGACCAGAGCCUUUUCUUAGACACUCUGGAUGCCCAAACCCUCCUUACCCCCGACAGGACAGUCCUUCCCAGCCCCGACCUUCCCCCACAGGUUCAUUAGCCACCAGUCCUCCAGGUACUUGCUCCCCUGCCUUUAGGCCACCUCAACACCCCUCACCCAGACCGCCCCCAGACCCACCCAAGGUGACACACGAACAGUUCAAGGCAGCUUUGCAGAUGGUGGUUGACAAGGGUGACCCAAGGACUUAUCUGGAGAACUUUGUGAAGAUUGGAGAGGGGUCAACAGGGGUGGUGUGCAUUGCUACAGAAAAGCACACAGGAAGGCAAGUGGCGGUGAAGAUGAUGGACCUGCGGCGACAGCAAAGACGGGAGCUGCUCUUCAAUGAGGUGGUCAUCAUGAGGGAUUAUCAGCACAAGAACGUGGUGGAAAUGUUCAAGUCUGCCCUGGUAGAGGAGGAACUUUGGGUAAUCAUGGAGUACCUGCAGGGUGGAGCGCUAACCAACAUUGUGUCUGAAACCAGGCUGAGUGAGGAGCAGAUUGCCACAGUAUGUGAAGCAGUUCUGCAGGCUCUGGCCUACCUCCACUCGCAGGGAGUCAUUCACAGAGACAUCAAGAGUGACUCUAUAUUACUCACACUGGACGGAAGGGUGAAGCUGUCAGACUUUGGCUUUUGUGCUCAAAUCAGUAAGGAUAUCCCUAAGAGGAAAUCCUUAGUGGGGACUCCUUACUGGAUGGCUCCGGAGGUUAUCUCCAAAUCGCCAUAUGGCACUGAGGUUGAUGUGUGGUCGAUGGGUAUCAUGGUGGUUGAGAUGGUGGAUGGAGAGCCCCCGUAUUUCAGUGAAACUCCUGUGGCAGCAAUGAAGAGGCUCAGAGAUGAGCAAGCUCCAACAGUCCGAAACAUCAGCCAGGUCUCUCCAGUUUUAAAGCACUUCUUGGACCGUAUGCUAACUCGAGACCCCCUUGAGAGAGCCAGCGCCACUGAUUUGCUGGAGCACCCCUUCCUGCUGCAGAGCGGCUCACCGCAGUGUCUGGUCCCACUGGUGGAGCAGUAUCGCAAGCGCAUGUCUCGUUGCUGACCGCGCACAGCCUCUUACAUCAAACUUCAGCCUGGCCUGCCUCAGACGAGCGUAGGUUCUAGUUCUUCUAGAACCAGCAAAAUGGGCUAUCAGCUCCAGAGAAGCAAACCCCGGCGGCAUUUUGCAGCAUGAGCGACGGCAGUUGACAGAUAUGGCUGACAAGGUCCAAAGCCCGUCAGACACCCUUUCAGGAGUGAGUUGAAGGCGGCAUGCAAGUCUUCACCUUUCAGCUGAGUUUGACCAGAACACGGAUCCCCUUUUGUAACAUUUUGUGCAACUCACCACAAGACAACAUGGUGCAUACACUGACAGCAAAAAUCAAUAAUCCUUUUAAAUAUAUGAACCAAACCCAUGCUAGUCUAAAAAUCCUAGAUAGUGUUGUUAGUGGGCUCCGUUGCCAGCAGUGUGUGCUUUUAAAGCUGGUAUUAGGGGCAAAAACAUGAUAGGCCAUUGUGAGAGUCUAGCUACCCUUUAUGCACACUCACUAGAGAAUAAACUGACUGAAACACUCUCUUUGCAUGGCCAAAUGGAGGCACACCUGGCCUGAUGUGAAUGCUUGAAUACAUACCUAACUGGGAUGUGAAAGACAAUUCUCUCCUAUUAGCAUAAUAAAUGGGUAGGUAAAAGCCCAGCUGCUACUGUUAGGCUACUGGAAAUAUCCCCAGUACCGUGUUCUUUUUAUAUAUAUAUAUAUAAAUAUAUUUAUUCUUUAUUUUCAUAGGACAUUAUUGGUUGUUUGUAUAAUGUGAAGUUGUAAAUAAGGCUUCAUAAUUAAGUAUGGACUUGAAUUGACCGUGUAAAUAAAAUGACAGGCUGCUGAGUCUGUGCACCGGCUGAUUUGCAGCGGUAAAUUAUAUAAAAAUUAUUUUGAAAUGUUAAUUUUAUUCACUGAAAUGUGAGUGCAUUGAUGUGCGUGUGUGCGUGAGGGCACAGGUGUGGAGACUUUAUUUCUGAUUUUACCCUCUGUGAAUUGUGACAGAUUUUUUUUUUUUUUGGGGGGGGGUCACUGCUGAGGAUGAUGUCUUUAACUGCAUUUGCAUUGGUUUGCUUAGAUAAAGCACACAGGUCUAGCAUGUAAUGCUGCAGGACACAAAACAACUGAGAAACACUUUUGCACAUAGUCUUUGUAUUCUCACACGGAAAUGUGUCGAAACCUUUCAUGUCUUUCUAUUUCUACGUGGAUCACUCAUGAACAAGAGAAUAACACAGUUUAAUUUUGUAUAAAUCAAUAAAUAAUGUGUAUUGAAAUGAA